AUGCCAACACGAAAGGAAGCGCACAGCGAGAGUAAGGGAGUACAGCGGAGGCGGAUGGAGCCAGGGGGGCGCAAAAUGGAAAGGAAUUCGAGGGGGGGAGUACGGGGGCGGCGCGGCUCUCGAUUAGGGUGGGUUUCCCAGUUAGCGCGGGAGUGUCCGCACUGCGGGGGGGGGCCAAAUCAACGAGGUUGCCAACGGGGGAAACACGGAGUGGGUUCUAGGAGGGGGGGGUCGGAGGAAGGAGGGGAAGGGCGCGUUGCUCCCGCAAACGCAAGCGCGGCCUCCCCGUCCCGUGGGCGCCUCGCGUUUCCGCUCCUCUCUGGGUUCGUGCAUACGCCCCCUCGGCAGCGCCGGCGCGGUCGUUGGGUGGAGGGUUUGUGGACUUUGUGUUUUGUUAGUCCACCUGUUCCGUGCGGGGGGAAUACACACACACGCGAUUCCCCAAUGGCGUGCCCGCCCACGCCGUCCCCCCCCGCCCUAAGCGCGUGCUGA